AUGUCGGAUGAUAACGCCACGGUCCACAGCUCCUCUUCAAUGGACGUCGAUCCGCCCGGCGCCGGCCCCAAGGACGGUCGGCCGCCGUCAACCCGGAGCGUCACCGACUCCAUUCUCGAAUACCGGCGGGAAAAUGGACGAACGUACCAUAGAUACAAGGAAGGGAAUUUGGUUCACAACCUCUACAUGCUGACGUUCGACGAUCGUCUCGCAACAGCUCCGCCCAGCGCGCCGGGAUCGACCGUGAGGCGGGUCCUCGACGUUGGCACUGGCACCGGCAUUUGGGCCAUCGAUUUCGGAGAAGAGCAUCCAGAAGCUGAUGUUGUUGGCAUCGAUCUAUCUGCCUCCCAACCUGAGUACGUUCCUCCCAAUGUCAGGUUUGAGAUCGAUGACAUUGAGGAGCCGUGGACUUUCUCGCAGCCCUUUGACUAUAUCCACAGCCGGAUGAUGAUGGGCAGUAUCCGCGACUGGCGGACAUACCUCCAAAGAUGUUUCGAUAACCUCAGCCCAGGAGGCUAUCUUGAGCUCAACGAUGUCGAUUUCUUCCCCAUCUCAGACGAUGGAAGCCUCACGGAGGAGCACAGUCUGUGGAAGGCUUUCGUGCUGUGCCAUGAAGCGCUCGCAGCUCUCGGGUCUCCUUUUCAGGAGUUCAGCCGGUUCGGGAGCCUUAUGACCGAGAUUGGUUUUCAAGAUAUCCGCGUCCAGUGUUUCAAAUGGCCUACGAACGCAUGGCCUCUUGACCCUAAGCUCCGAGAGCUUGGGCUCUGGAACUAUGAGAACCUGGCUCCGAAUCUCGACGGUCUCCUGAUGGCCCCGUUGACGCGAGGGCUGCAGUGGAAAAAGGCGGAGGUUCAUGUACUUGCGAUGCAUGCUCGUAAAGAUCUUGCGAAUCGAGACAUCCACGCUUACUUUAACAUUUUGAUUUACGCAGUGUUCUGGGAUUUCUACGAGAUUUAG